CCUCGUAUAUAUAUAUAUAUUCCCUCUCUUGGAGCUUUUUAAUGCAUAAAUAAACCUUCUUGCAAGAGAAAAUAAAAAUGGAGGGUGAAAUAAUUUCAAGUGAAAACAUCAAACCAUCUUCACCAACACCUCAUGAUCAUAAAAUCCACAACUAUUCUCUACUUGAUCAGAUUGUUCCACCCAUCUUUGUUCCUUUCGUCUUAUAUUAUCCCAAUCUUGAUAAUAUUAUUACAGAUGAUUUCGUUUCUCGGACAACGCUAAUUCUGAAGCAAUCUCUCUCUACAACUCUCUCUCUCUUCUACCCUUUAGCCGGAAGAAUCAAAGACACCUUGUCCAUCGACUGCAACGACGAAGGUAUUCUUCUUGUAGUCGUCAAGUUUAAGGAGAAUUUGUCGGAUUUCCUAAAGAAACCCGACCCGAAAGCAUGCAGAGCCCACAUACCGAAUCAGCUCACGUGGGCCGAACCCGGUCCUGGCUCCCGCGUGGCCAUGCUCCAGGUUAACUACUUUGAAUGCGGGGGCAUAGCCAUUGGUUCACUUUUCUUGCAUAAACUAGUGGACGGGGUGGCGAUUGGUACUUUCAUGAAAGCUUGGGCUGCAGCCGCCGCUCUCGGAGGCGGUGCGGCGGUGGAGGGGAACCCGGUCAUCCCGGAGUUCACGGCUCAGUCUUUCUUCCCACAUAACGAAUCCUUGCAGAGGGAAGACUAUUUAUUCUCCGCCAUGAGAAGAUACUUCAAAAUCGGGAAAACUGUGAUGCGGCGAUACGUGUUCGAUUCAUUAGCGAUAUCGAAGCUUCGGGCACAGAUUUUGUCCUCCUCGCCGGAGAACCUCGAGCGGCGCCGCCCGUCUAGGGUGGAGAUUGUGUCGGCGCUCCUUUGGAAGUGCUUCAUCAUUGCUUCUUCAUCAAAAAAUAAUUCCAUCUCCGACAAUAAUAAUAAUAAUGGUAAUGAUAGAAACUCAAUAUCACUGGUGACUCAUGGAGUAAACAUGAGAAGAAAAUCCGACCCACCGUUUUCCGAGCAUAGCUUCGGCAAUUUCGUGUGGCUGGUUCCGGCGGCUGCGGACGUCGACAACGGCGAUGGGGAUUUGAUGGAGCACUUGUUCGGGAAAGUGAGAAGUGCGAUAAGCAAGGUGGACGUGGAUUUUGUGAAGAAGAUGCAAGGUGGAGGAGAAUUAGGGUUUGCUGGUUACUGUGAGAAUCUUCGAGAAACUGAAUUUCCGGAGAAAGCGGAUUACUUGGCUAUAUCGAGCUGGUGUAAUUUCGGUCUUUACGACAUUGACUUUGGGUGGGGGAAUCCAGUGUGGAUGAGUAAAUGUGAUGCCGGAAGUGAUACGGAAUGGCCGUUCAUCAAUGUGCUUUGGCUGAUGGAUACGAGCGGUGGAGAUGGGGUAGAAGCGUGGCUGACCCUUGAUGAGAAAUGUUUUGCGGCGUUCGAUGAAAUUAAGGAGCUUCAUGAACUUGCUUUGGUGGAUCCUAGUCCAUUAUCGUCGGAUAUCCACCAUGGUCAAGAAGAAAUUAUAGUUACUAAUGGAGUUGAUUUAAUUUCUUGAUGUUCUUUUUUAGAUUAGGUACUUGAAGGGUUUUCAAUUCAAUUAAGUUUACCCCGAAGAAUUUGUGGUUGUGUAAGUUUAUUGUUUAGUGUAAGUUGUACUUUGAUGAAAUAUAAAAUAAAAAGCACCUUUU